CCACACUAUGUUUUGCUUAUUAAGUCGGAUAGUCUGUGCAGUGAAUAUUAGAGACCACAUUUCAAUUUCCACUUCGUACUCCGCUGUCCACCAUCUCCAAUUUCUCCCACCAUGCGCACUUUCCACAUCCUCUUGACGGCUCUAUCAAUGGCAUCAUCCACCGCUCCAGUCCUUGCAAAAUGCUGCGGCCAAGGCGAAUGCAAGUCCUGGUCCCCCUUCCCCCGUCCCAAUCGCCCCGACGCAGAAAUAUGCAACCGCUGGCAAUGUGCCGACGGACUUCACCACGGCCCCAUCCAGUGCUGCGGCCAGGGUAGAUGCUAUGUUUUCUGCCGCAACUGCGAUAGUGUGAACGGAAAAGGCACGCUACAUGCCGGCUUUUGAAGUACUUUGCUGAUCCGGUGUGGCCGUGUGCCGAACCUCCAGGGAGCUUCUGGCUAUU